GGCUCCCCUACGCCUCAGGCAACGAUCCAUACACACACAAACAGCACAAAGAGAGACAGUGAGAGAUAUAUUAGAUCUUCAUUUUGAAGGGCUUUGCAGGGAGACAUGGCCCCUCAGUCAUCAGGUUCUACGGACGGGAAUUUUUAUGGCAUGAGUUGAGUCGGAAAAAAUAAAUAAAGGAUCAUUUUGACAUGCAAGGUGAAUCCACAGAUGUUAGAAAGGCAGUGGCAACAAAGUUUGGGCGGAGCCUGAGCUGCCUACAGGCUACGAAUUUUAUUUUUGAAGCUUAAGAGUGCUAAGGGAGAGUCUAGACUCACUCCCAAACCCCAAGAAGGUUUUUAGGAGAAAGGAAGAUCAGAAGGAAAAAAGUGGAAGGUUUUUAGGAGAAAGGAAGAUCAGAAGGAAAAAAGUGGAAGGUUUUUAGGAGAAAGGAAGAUUAGAAGGAAAAAAGUAGAGUUAAGAAUGUGAAUCAAAAGGAAACAGGGAGUGAAUCGAAGAUUGGGAACAAGAAAAAGAGUUGAAACAACGUAGCUAAGAAAAUCCAACAACCCGUGUGUUUCGGAGAAUUCGAGUCUUGUUUCGGUUCAUCAUCACAGUUUGAGUUCUCAUCAUGAGUCUACGUCAGAAACUGUUGCAUUCCAAUUUUUACCAGAAAAUAUUGUCCUGUUAUAGCCAAGAUCAAUUUGACAUGCAAGGUGAAUCCACAAAUGUUAGAAAGGUAGUGGCAACAAAGUUCGGACGGAGCCUGAGCGGCCUACACGCUACGGAAUUUUUUUUGAAGCUUAAGAGUGCUAAGUGGGAGUCUAGACUCACUUCCAGACCCAGGAAGGCUUUUAGGAGAAAGGAAGAUCAGAAGGAAAAAAGUGGAGUUAAGAAUGUGAAUCAGAAGGAAACAGGGAGUGAAUCGAAGAUUGGGAACAAGAAAAAGAGUCAAAACAACAUAGCUAAGAAAGUCCAACAACCCGUGUGUGUUUCGGAGAAUUCAAGUCCUAUUUCGGUUCUUGAUCUUCAUCAUCAUAGUUUGAGUCCUCAUCAUGAGUCUACGUCAGCAACUGAUAUAGCAGGAGAAGUAGUGGAGGUUGGAUCUGGAGUCACAAAAUUUAAAGCCGGUGACAAAGUUGUAGCCGUGCUUAUUCAUUUUAUCGGUUGAAUAUCGAUGAUUUUGAAGCUAACGAUGAGGUACAACCAGAUUUCCCAUGUUCAUACUAUUAUGAGGAUUUUGAUAUCGCAUCUCUGUGUUCCCAUCUUGAAGAUGACCACUCGUGCGAGUCCAAAGUCUCCGUGAAUUUUCUAUGUUUUAAUUCAUCAUUUCAGUCUUUAAAACUGUUUUCCAUGUUUGGGUUAUGUAUUGAUUUCCUUCUUUUGUUGGAAAGUUCUGAUUUUUGUUGUUUUUGUUAAAUCCAAUCUGAUCAAAUUUUGAAAAUUGCUUCUUUUGUUUUUGUUUUCGCUUUUUUUAUGUGCGAAUUAAAUCCUUUAUUGUUGUUGAAUCAUUCUAUAUCUACAGUUAAUCCGAUAAUAGAACCAGAAAUGUCAAAGGGUUGUUUCUAAUUUUGUGAUCA